AUGUGUCCUAAGCUUGCAAGUGUGCGUUGCAACCUGCACGCCCAUGACCUGCAUGGCCAGAAGCUGCAAUGCAGCCUUGCUAAGAGCUUUGGCCCGGCCGCAUGGGAGACCCCAAUGCAGUCGGACUUCCGGUGCAUAUUACUCCUUCCCCAAUCUAAAACACUCCCUAGUCCACCCAUUUCUUUAGGCCUACACACGUCCACCCAUUUCACCUCGUCCCCAACCUCCUCCGGCGUCGUCAGAUCCGCCGGCGGGAGCCCCCUGCUACAGCGCCCCGACCCGGCUGCCCCUCCUCCUCGAAUCCUCCCCGCCGGGCCGCCGCUCCUCGACUCCUCCCCGCCCGGGCCGACCUCCUUCAGUGCCGUGCGGCAGGACGCGCCCGGGAGCAGGACUCGAUCGGCCGCCCGCCUGCCCGGCCCUCUCUGCCCUCCGCCCGGCAGCAGGAGGCGCCCGCACGCCCGGCCCUCCCUUCCAUUCGCUGGUUACAACACUUCUGAAGUUAUUUCACUUGUUUACCAGAAAGAAAACAGAGUUAAACUGCUGAUUGUCAAGUUAAUGUUCAGUCAUGUUCCACCACUCAGUGGCGGAGCUUGAUGAAGAUUGUUCAGUCAUGCCCUUAUUUUGGAUGGGCCCUAGGCUGUCACACUCACCGCCCUUACAGGGUUCUGAAGGGCUGAUGGGUUGAACUUUACCAUCACUAGCACUACCGGUAAGGUGCACAGGUUGGAUCUCAAGUUUUAGUUUUCUCUCUUUUUACUAGUUCGGAAACUUUGCCUUCCUAAAUUGCAGGAAAGUCAUCAAUAUAAUGUAUCUACAAGGAAGGUGGUGCCUCCACUCAUCUUGUUGUCUCAUGCUGCUACAAGCUUGCCACCAUAAGACUUGUCAAGGUCCAAUGGGGACGUGCCACUCAAUAAUAUGGAUGGGUCCUAGGCUGCCGCACCUUUUGCCAUGGCCCAGCCCAUGACAGGCAGCAGCAAAGGGUGCCUUUCCAGAGCAAGGUGGUUGAGAUGGGUGUCCAUGCGCCCAUCCAUCACUGCCCUCAACAAUCUUCAUCAAGCUUGGGCCGCCGCACCAUUUGCCAUGGUGCAGCCCAUGACAGGCAGCAGCCAUAAAGGACGCCUCUUCAGAAGAGCAAGGUGUUUGAGAUGGGUGCCCAUGCGCCCAUCCAUCAGUGCCCUCAACAAUCUUCAUCAAGCUUGGGCAGCUGCACCAUUUGCCAUGGUGCAGCCCAUGACAGGCAGCAGCCAUAAAGGGCGCCUCUUCAGGCGCCCAUCCAUCAGUGCCCUCAACAAUCUUCAUCAAGCUUGGGCAGCUGCACCAUUUGCCAUGGUGCAGCCCAUGACAGGCAGCAGCAAUAAAGGGCGCCUCUUCAGGCGCCCAUCCAUCAGUGCCCUCAACAAUCUUCAUCAAGCUUGGGCGGCUGCACCAUUUGCCAUGGUGCAGCCCAUGACAGGCAGCAGCCAUAAAAGGCGUCUCUUCAGAGCAAGGUGCUUGAGAUGGGCGUCCAUGCGCCCAUCUAUCACCACAACAGCUGCUGAGUACAUCCAUUCCAUCCAUGGUGUUUGCCCAUUCUUGGCAAAGGAGGUGGAGGAGCCCACAAUGUGCCCAUUGUUGGCAAAAGAAGGAAGAGAUGCAACUCCAAUGGAGGUGGAGGAGCCCACGAUGCUAUAUGUUGUAUAUUAUUUAUUUAUUGAUGCCUGGUGGUGAUGUUUGGCCAUUCUUGGCAAAAGAACAAGAGAUGUAAUUAUUUGUACUCCAUUUAGAGGUAUAUAUAGAUGCUGCACGUGAACGCUGAA